AAAGCAUCACAGGAGCCUCUGGAUAAAGACCAGCCUCAGUAGCAAGGCUAGGAGACAGAGGAUUUCUGCUCAGUGAUAAAACAUGAAACAGAUGUGAGGAAGCAGUAUGGAGCUCAAGAGAGGGAAGACCUUCAUAAAAUCCAGUGUGCAACAUGAGAAAGUGCCACCAGUGCACACAGUUCCUAUCAACAAAGACGAUACAGGGAAAGACAAAAAGGCAGCUCUCGAGGGAAACCAAAGUGUAGCAGAAGUCCAGCUGGCAUGUUUGGCCACACACAAGAACUACAGAUUUUCUACCAGAGCAGCAAGGAAUGGAGCUGGUGACAAUAGCCUGGAAAAAUCAUCUGGCUCCUCCUACAAACUUGUAAGGAAGAGUAAAACCCAUGACUGUGUUACUGAGGUGGACAAAACAGAGCAGUGUAGCCCCACCAGCAGGGCUUGUGAGGAAGGUUUUUCUGGAAAGGGUAAGGGCCGCCUUGUCAAUAGCAUCAGCUUUUCAGGAAUGUCCAGCUCCAGCAGUAAGAAAGAGUGUGUGGUCAGCCCCAGCCAGUCUGCAUGCAGCAGUCAGAUGAUCGAUUACAGGAACUUUGUGCCACAGAUGCCUUUCGUACCAGCUGUUGCAAAAACCAUUCCUAGGAAGAGGAUUUCCCUCAAGAGAUCUAAGAAAGGGCUCAGAGAUAUAUUUCAUAUUAGAAAAAAUAAACCAGACAGCCUCACAUUCCUGGUUGAGAAGGACAAGAAUCUGUCCUCCUCAGGUUGCAAAAGUGAGUUUUCUGGGCGUCUUGCAAAGUAUCUUUUCAAAACUGGAGAAACAUUUGCAGCUGACUGCUUGUCACAAGACUGCUCAGACAGUGAACUGCAGUCUGACUCUUCCUAUGACUGCUGCAACACCCUGUGUGAAGAUGUUGCCUCACUGAAGAGCUUUGACUCCCUCACUGGCUGUGGGGAAAUCUUUGCUGAUGAGAGCUCUGCUCACCUGGAGCUGGAGAACAGCAAAGAAGUUCUGCUGAGACGAAGCAAGCACAAAGACAGCCCUGUCAUGGGCUCUUUCCAAGGGGGUGUGGAGCAGCUGGCCUCUCCUGGCCAGAAUGAGACUGUUGAAUUUGCAAAGUUUUGGGACAACAUUAACAAAUCGGUGAGGCUACAUCAGAAUGCUCUGUUUGAUAAGAAGUUACUGAAGAUACCUGGUCCUGAUGUGGAAAAGGCUAGAAGCCAGGCUGCUGCAUCUGUGACAGACCCCCAAGUGUCACCUGAUAAAGAUGGUGACAAUUCCAAAGAGAGCUCCACCGAAACAGGAACGCCAAAAAGUGACAACCAGGAAUCCACAUCCACAAGUGAUGAAGGCUACUAUGAUUCAUUCUCUCCCGGACAAGAUGAUGAAAUGAAGGAAGCUCAGACCCCUGGGGUCCCAGGUAGAUUCCCAAGAGACAGCUACAGCGGAGAUGCCCUUUAUGAGCUCUUCUAUGACCCAAACGAAGUCAAAAUAAACCCAGUCCUAGAUGAUGACUUGUGCACAUCUGAAAGCAUUUCAGAACAAGCCAUUGAAAUCCCUUUGUCCAUUUACAGCUUCCAUGUUGGAGCUGAGGAGAACAUGGCUUCCCAACCGGCUCUAGACAUUAUCAGCCAGGGUUUUCUCCACAGCACGUGGAAAGGCAAAGAAUGUUUGCUAAAGCUCUGCGAUACUGAGCUUUCACUGACCAUGGGGAUAAUAAACUGGCUGCGAAAACACUCGGGAGUUGUUUCCUCCCCUGACUCUCUUCAGGGUCCUCAAUCACUGCCAGAAAAGUCUAAUGAUUCAUCAAUGCCACACAGCCCCAGUCCAGAGCAGAAAGCGAUCACAGAAGCUCAGCAAGAGAAACCCAGCAAAGAAGAAUCUAAUACAUUUAAACUAUGUGUAUCUCUGGAUGAAAGCAAACAUGUAACCCAGGCCACUUCAGUAAAUGUUGCUGAAGGAGACCACAGCCUGGACUCUUGCCCUAACACAUCUUAUCUGGAUUUCCAAGGAAGGGAAGGGAGUCACCACAAGGAUUCAUCUACACUGCCUGGGACUGUGGAAACCACCAGAGCAUCAAGUUACGCACCGCAAUCACAGGCUAGCAGAGACAAUCUGCAGACAUCUUCAUCUGAGAAUGAGGAGGCGACAAUUUCAGAAGGAUGCGAGACAUCUGGAGAUAAAAACACACUGCCAGAAAAGCUGAACAGAGAGAGUGGCUCCCUGAGCUCCGAAAAUCCUUCAUUAGAUGAUAAUCAGGAAGUAGAAUCAUGUUACUCCUACAAGACUGCUGCAACCUCACUCCGGGAUCCCCUCGAGAAGGAGGACAUAAACAAACCGAUGUAUCACACUCUCUCUCUUUCCUGUGACAAACCGCUGCAGCCUCUCACUCUGAGGCCCUUCCAGAGCUACAUUAGCCCCACACCAACAGAGAGCAGCACUAACAUAGUGCAGCUCUUAGAGCGCUGUGUAACACAAGUGGCAUCGUUAAAAAUCAGCUAUGAAAACAAGCACUUGGAAGACAAAUACAUUGGGAAUGAAAUGAACAAUAUAAUUCGUAAGAUGUCUCAGUACAAAAACAAGUUAUUGUUGCAAAAUGAAUGCAACUGCAUUGCCCAAAAUCCAGAAUACUCCAGUAUUCCUAGCACAAACCAACACAAGUAUGAGACAAGUUUUCAAUCCAGCAGUCUGUAUCAUUUCAAGCAAAAUGGGCAGCAAAUUUGCUCUGAAGAUCAGAAAAGUGGAGCAAAAAUCCUAGAUGAGGUCACUAGAAGCAAGCUAAAUUUUGAAUAUGCCCAGCUAAAUAAUCAAGCGCUGUCCUAUUUAAAAGACUUCGCAUUUGAUCUCAGUCCAAGUGACUCUGCCGCUGCUACAACUCUUAGUAGACCAACAUUUUUACCUCUCUUUAACUCCAUCUGCUCUGACAUUCCUGCUACUUUUUCCCAAGGUUCUUACAGCAGCACCACCACCUCUCCAGCUGCCUCGCUGCAGCCCACGGAAGCCAAGCAGUGCAGCCCGGGGCCGUGGAGUUAUGCAGAACCCCCCUGCAGCAGUCUGGCUGGAGGGACCGCGCUGUCCCCUCGCCCGGAGGCAGCGACCCCGGACACAGCAGUGACAGGGAGGAACCACGAGUGAGGUGCAACGCCGAAGAAUGCAUUUGUAGAUAUGGAUGCUGCCCCCCACAAUGUGUAAUAUAGCUUGACAUAGUUCCAUGAUGUUAUAUCGAUACCAGAAUCAACGAGGAUUUCUCUCUAAAGAUCCCACCAGAGGUGUUGCAGCAGAAAAUCAUGCUAGUCUAACUGACUAAUAUAGUUAGGAGGUCCUGACAACCACACAACCCUGAAGCCAUGUUUGCAGAUGGGUUGUAACUAAUACUCUUUUUUUUUAAAAAAAAAAAACACACCCCCAACCUUCAGUAGCAUUUUGAAAAAAGUCAUGCCAUGACAAGGAGGUUUAAGAAAAAAAAGAAAGCAUAUUUCUGUCACAUUGUGCCACACAGCAACUGAAAAUACCACUAUAUUUUUAAAACAGGUAUGUGGAGAAUGAGCAUUCACUUUGGCAGCUGUUAUGAAGAAGUAAAUUUUUUUCUGUUGUAGUAAUCUUUCUUGAAUUUUACAGAAAUGCUUUAUAUAUUUUACAGCAACUGAUUAACCAUCUUAAAGCAACAAGCUUAUAGACUGCAGAUUUACUGCCUGGGGAAAGGUAUUUUAUAAACAUACAAAUAAAAAUAUCAGGAAGCAUAAUAUAGCAUGCCCUAUAUUGUCCAAAGACAUGUGUUUAUCAUGUAGCAGAAAUGGUGAAUAGGAUAAAGAGGUAUACUUGAAAAUCGCCAUCAAAAAGAUAACUUCUUUGAUGCUGUUUUGAAGGAGAGAAAACAUGUUGUUUAUAUCCAUUAUAAUAGCUGUACAUAACUUGUACAAACUCUUUCCAAUUUAAAAACCAGUCUCAGAAGUACUAGAUAGGAUACAUUUCUAACUCAGUUUUCUUUUUUUUGUGGCAUCCUUGGAGUCAGUUUAACAGAACAGUCAUUAUUUUCAUAUCUCAGUUCAAAUCUGGUCUUAUGCUCUGAGAAUAAAUUGAAAAAAAACAACUAUGCCUCGUAGAUGGAGCCAGAUGAUCAAAUGGUCCCAUCUGGCCAUGGUAUGUUUGAAGACAUGUUAACAACCUCCUCAUCGAGUAACCUGCCUCAGAUAGUAUUUAGAAACAGUAUCUUUGCCCUGAGAUUUGCUGUCUUAGAGAAAAGUGGAAGAAGGAUCUAUGAGGCUGAGGACUGAAUCAAGGGAAAAAUAAUUCCUUUGUGACUCAAGAGUGAGUUUACACCUUGGUACAGAAGGUAACACUACUCCUAAAAUUCACUGAAGUGGGGAGGAAUUAAUUUCAUUCAGCUUUAUUCAUUAAGGUAACUGUCUGUAUAGUGUCUAUAGUAAACAGAAGACAACAAGAAACUACAGAGGUUGAUGAAAGACUGGAAAUAUACCAUUCCCUCUCUAUUGACAAUAUAAGGCAAUAGACAAAUAACUUAGAUUAGAUGCUAGAACUGUGAUGUCUAAAGUUAAGAUGAUUUCUACCUUAAAUCAUCUAUAACGCCAAGAAUAUAUAACCACAGUAAUUAAAUGCUGUCUGCAUUUUGCAGAUCUGGACUUUAAAAAAAGCAUAAUGCAUCAAGUCUAUAAUGCUGGAAGAUGAAAUCAUGUCCCCUAGAUAUGGUAUGCACUUUCUCAGUAUUACUCUACAAUUACCGAGAAGGGAGAGGUUUUCUCUCCACCACUCCAAGACUGCCGAUACAGUCAACUUGCAGAAUGCAGUCAAUUUACCACAAAUAUCUCAUGAAAAUAUAGACUAUAGGUGCCCAAGACCUUCUUCCAUGGCACAAAACUAUGUCUCUGAAGACUGCUAAGAAUUUUCCAUUUAAAUGAUAAAAGCCUGAAAUGCCAAGCAGUUCCUCAUACAGGCGUUCUUUUGUGAAAUGCUAAAUGACACAUUAGAUUUGGGCUAGUCAAAUAAUAAUGAACAUAAGGCUUAACAUUCCAGCAACAGACAGAGUCUGUACAAAAACUAGUUGUUCUUCAUGCAAGUGAUUCUUUUCCUUUUGUAAUUAUUACACUAGCCUCCUUCACCACCUUCACUCACCAACAAUCUCUGGUAACAGAGUAGUCUUGUAACAUACUGUGCAACUCCUCCCUGGAUUUCAGGUUGAGUAACCAACAUCAUGGAGGAAAAGAAAGGCAAGAGAAGGAGAAAAGUCACUUUGCUGCCAUGUGGCAAAGUAGACAGUAUUCCAGAGGAGACUAUUCUUUCUCCUGCAUUACAGGCACAGAGCAACAAAUGACUUGUCUGGCACUAUUUACCUCCCAAAUUGGUGUCUUCUUUCGACUGCUGCUGUUCCUCUCCCUGUAAGUCCUACUCAUCUGUCAGAGCUACCCCGACCCUGCUGCUGCCUACAUUAAAAGUAACCAGAUCUCAUCUCUUGUGGUCUCUGCCCUUCAUGCAGAGAGGCACAAACGGCUUCCCUCUGUGGAACUUCUUCUGCUCCCCUCAAUGACAUUCAAGCCAGGCUCUGGGGCAGUGCUGGUGCCUGGACAGUGAUUCUCUUCUGAUACAAACCACAUGGAAUGAGUGCAGACAGGGAGGAUGAGCUUUUACACCUCUUAAGUGGUACCAGCCCUGACACACAUACCCCACAGUUUCUUCUGUCGGGGGCAGCAGGGAGACACGUAGAUUUAUAAGCCAUCUGCAGCUGUUGAGAUUAUGAACAUGUCUAGUUCUAACAAUAAGUGUAUUGCACUCUGAGAUUCAAAGGUCCUGGGUUCAAUCCAUGAUGCCAGAAGAACAACUGUGGAUCUGCAUUACACACCACGGAAAAAAUGCCUGUGGGUAGUCUAUUCUAAUUCUCCCUGUGGAGUUGCAUGACUGAUAGUGCAAUGUUGGGGGAAGCUCAAAAAUCUUCAGGGCCAAAUCAUUCUCCAUUUAAAGAACUAACAGAAAAUCUACCUCCUCAAGAUCAUAUUGAAUAAGGUGUUUACCAGGAUUGACUGUAAACUAGUUUGGAGGAAAAUCUUUAAAUUAAACUUGUUAUAUUACACAAGCAACGUUUCCUUAGGAAAUGAAGACAUGCUGGUGAAAUGAAUCCAUACAUGUGAAUAUUCAAUUUCUCAUGCAGCGUGUAGCUGUGAGAACAAGUUCCUUCAUCCUGCUUUCAGCCUAACAUGCUGCCAUUCCCUUUUGAUGUUAAAUGGCUUAUUAACUUUUAAAUGGAUAAUACAGAAAAUUAGGAUAAAUUCUGAAAAACUUUGCACAGAGUUUUGUGGCUACAAAAUUUCAGAUCAGCUUCUGUGAAACUGCUCAUAUAUUUCCUGUCCUGUUUUUACAAGAAUGGAAGCAAUGACCAGUUGUGUCCCCACAUAAGAUCAGAAUAAUAAUUAAAAGAAGAACAAUACCUCUGUGCUAAAACAAACUCCAAAGAGGAAAAAAGAUAUUUUUCCUAUCUCAUGGUUCACUAAAAUGUAAAAAAACAUUCUGGAAAAUUUAUUUUUAAAAAGCUAUAUUCUGCUAAAGAUAUCAAUCCUAGAUAUUCCUUCUUUUAAUGUAGAGUUCACUGGGGUUUCAGAGGUGCCUUGGGAACUUCCAGCACAUAAACUAGGUACCUGAAUACCCUUGGUAAAAUUGCACUCACUGCUUUGAAUGGAGAGAGCACUCACCACUGUACAGAACUGGAGUAUAAAUAACCUCAUCCUAGUAAAAAUGUCUGGAAAAAAUGUAGGAAGAAGUAUCCGACCCACAUGAGCUGUCAAGUAAGUGUUCCCUCCAAAAGCAAAGUAUUAAAAUGGCAUUCAGGUAUUCCAGCCAAAUGUAACUUAUGUGAACUUAGCAACAAGUCCUAAAUAAAUAUUUUGCUUCACUUAUAAUAUUUCAUUGUUCUAAGUUGGAGCAUUUGGUGGCAAGAUAUUGUAAAUGCUCACUCUUCGUAGCAAAUACAGGAUGCACAGUAAAGUUGCAGGUAAACUGUGGGAUAUUUAAGAGAGAACAAUGUUACAUAUUCCAGCUUCUACUUAAUGAAAAGGAUAAAGGCCAGUGGCACUCUUGGAUGGACAAUGUGCAAGUUGUGCAAACUUGUUAAGUUCAAGAAUAGGGAAGAAAUCUGAAACAGGUACCAUUUAAAAAUAUGAGUAGCAGAUUAAUAAAAUUUUCAGUACAUAUAUGAUUUAUUAUGUAACUAAGAUACAUGCAUUUA